AUUUUCGUCCUAGUCUUCCGUUCUUAUCCCCGAGAAUACCGAAGAGCCAUAAAAUAGGGGAAACUCUUAGAAAGGUUACCGGCGGCAGUCCGACGUGGUAAUCCGUUGUUCCUUGCUCUGCUGACUGAUAAUGCCAAAUCCAUCCUUAUACCACCCUCUCCUAUGGCGAUCCAGGAAACACCAGUCGCGCGGCGGCUGAAAACAGUCAAACACGUUGUCAUCGUCUUGUCAGGGAAAGGCGGCGUUGGCAAGUCGUCGGUUUCUGCACAGCUCGCUCUGAGCCUUCACGCUUCUUCGCCAAAUGUUAGAGUGGGCAUCUUGGACGUCGACCUCACGGGCCCAUCUAUCCCGCGGAUGCUCGGCCUAGAUGGCCAUGGAGUGCACCAAAGCAGCGACGGCUGGGUGCCGGUUUACGCGGACGCAAAGAGCGGCGGCGAACCCAGAUUGGCAUGCAUGAGCGUCGGGUUUCUGCUGAAGAACAGGGGUGACUCCGUGGUGUGGAGAGGGCCGAAGAAGAACGCGAUGAUCAGACAGUUUCUGAGCGACGUGAGGUGGGGCGAGCUGGAUUAUCUCGUGAUCGAUACGCCCCCAGGCACCUCGGACGAGCAUCUGUCAUUAAUGGAACAUCUCGCGCCCGUACAAUCAAAACUUUCGGCUGUCAUUGUCACUACGCCGCAAGCCGUCGCACUCCUGGACGCGAUGAAGUGCCUGUCAUUUACGAGAGCCGUGUCGCUGCCCGUUCUGGGCCUGGUGGAGAAUAUGAGCGGUUAUGUCUGCCCGUGCUGCGGAGAAGUCAGCAAUGUCUUCUCCACAGGCGGGGGCGAGGAGAUGGCGCGGCGGGAGAAGCUGACGUUCCUAGGAAGCAUGCCAGUCGACACUGAGCUGGUCACACUGCUGGAUGCCGCCGAAUCGGACAGAAAAAACGGCGGCGACGAUGAUAACGCCGCGUCGGCGGAGGCCGAGGCGCGCUCGUUUGAACUGUUGCAGCGGUAUCAAGCGACGUCUUCUGCCAAACUGUUUUCAACCAUCACUGCCGAGGUAACGAGGGCGGUGGCGGCGGGCAUGGCAAAGGAGAGUGGGGGAGAACCACCCGAGUCGGGAUGAGCAGCGGAAGUUGUAUAAGGGACUUGGAGGAAGAUCCCGGGCGACCAAAUUCACUAUGUACGUAGAAGGUCAAAAGACUUCCUGAUAUCUUGCUUCCUAUGAUGUUCGGCUCGCGGGGAUCGGACGAAGAUAAUGCGAUGCUGAUUG